AUUCCUUCCUACGAUGGAAUUUAUGAGUGAUAUUAGCUCAGGUGCCGAUAUAUAUCGGCCCUCUUUGUUCGAAUUAUUAGCACAAGAAAAGUUGCGAGCGCUUAUUCAACCAGCUGUCAGAUAUAUUUUAUCGGUUUAUGCUCAACGAUAUCCUCGGUAUUUGCUUCGUAUAGUUAAUCGAUUUGAUGAAUUUUAUGCUGUCGCUAUGUUAUUGAUAGAAAGACAAUACUUGAAAAAUUAUUACGCAUCUUUUGCUGAGAGCUUUUAUGGAUUGAAAAGAAUUCGAUUAAUAAAUACAAAAAUCGAUUUACCGGAGGCAGCACCGGAUGUUGAUUUACAAAAAUUGAGAAAUUCUGAUAUGUGGCGAUCCUUAUUUUUUUUGGUUGGAAUUCCAUACAUAAAAACAAAACUUGACGAUUUAUAUGAAAAAGUUAGUGAAAACGCACGUGUAAGAUUACUAGGUGGCACAUUUUCUCGAGUACAUAAUGAGAGACAACUUAAUUGUAAAGAGCGCGUACAUCGUUUCAUACGAAAUUUAUUCAAGAUACUUUAUCCAUGGUUGAAUGCUUUAUAUCAUGGUUCAAUACUAUUAUAUAACGUUCUAUAUCUAUAUGAUAAAACACGUUGUUAUACGCCUUGGCUAAGCCUAAUGGGUAUAGAAGUCCGGAGAAUGAGUGCGCAAGAUUACUUUGAACGAAGAUUAAAUUCAACAAGAAAUAAUUUAUCAACAAAAACAUUACUUCAGGCCACUCGCAACUUUUUAAGUAUAAUUUUAUCAGACUUGUUAAACUUUCUCAAAAGUUUAUUGCAGAUGUCUAUAUUCUUUUCCAGAUUUCUGGAGUGGUGGUAUUCGAGCGAAUACGCAAGACGGCCUGGUAUUGAAAAUAGAGUAGAUGUGCCACCUCCUGAUAUUAUAGCGCCUGAUCCGCGAGGAAUUCCGCUUCCAGAAUCACCUAAUGUAUGUCCAAUUUGUACGAACCUUCUAACUAAUACGACAGCACUUCCGUCUGGAUAUGUUUUUUGCUAUCCUUGUAUUUUUAGCUAUAUUGAAGAUUAUGAGCGAUGUCCAAUAACUUUAAUCAAAGUUGAUAUUAAUGAAUUAAGAAAGGUGUAUAAUCCCUCUGCAUAAUUACAUUUCAGAUAUAGUGCUUUAACGGUUUAAACGUACUGUAUUCCUAAUAAAUUACAUG